ACAGACAGACAGGGAGUCAGGAACUGGAAGCUCUGUUUCUGCUGGAUUUCACCUGAGAUCAACCCUCAGAGUCUCCACCUCGUAGAUGCGCCCUGACAGAGGGAUGGCCAUACCCAGGAUGCUCAACUCCAACACACCCUUCAUCAUCGUGGCCGGCGGCUCCGAGCUCUCCUUUCUCGGCAAAGAGGACGACGACGGUCAGGGAUGCGAGGAGGAGAAGGACUCGCUGGUUCAGGCCAUCGCUCCUCACCUGAGCCGGGUGAUGCAGCUCGGUACCGCCAAGCAGGUGGUCCUGGAGGGACACGAGGAGAAUCCCUGCGUGUCCAUCGUGGCCCAGGCUGAGAGAGAAGACUUCCAGGAGUUCAGCCCGACCAACACUCAGAGCCCCUACUCACGAUCUCAGCUCCUGCAGAAGCACAGGCCUCUCAGUAAAGAAGCAGCCGUCAUGAGCGACACAGAGGACGAGGACGUUGACAAACUUCAGCAUUACCACCUCCAGAGGAAACAACGCAGGAAACCCAGAGCCCAACAGAACCAGGAGGAGGGAGAAGAACCUCCGAUCAUCAGGGGCCUGUGGGUUCAGGAGAUCGACUGGCUGAAGUCAACGUCCGCCGAGAUCAUCCCUCCUCCUCCUCAGUUCACGGACUCGGCAGACCUCUGCAUGUACGAAGACGAGUGCGACUGCGUGAGGAGGCUGGAGGAGUCGGACCAGCUCGGGUCGGCAGAUCCAGACGACACUUCCAGCUCCGAGGACCGAGGGUCAGACUCUGACUGCAGCCUCGACUGUGAGUCCGUUUGCACUCAUGAAAGCGAGUCGGACUCGUCUUUCUGCCUGGAGGCCGACGUGCAAGAUCGGCUCGGAGUUGAAGCGAACGCAUCGAACUCGACCUUCGACCUGAUGCACGUGUCUGGAUUUAACUCUUCCUCCCAUGCAGAGUGGGAUUCGGGCUCCACAGAGUGCCUGCAAAGCCUGCUGGGAGUUUCAGACCACGCCUUCCCCCACAGCUCUGUGAGCGUUUCUGGUUGUGACGACACGAGUCACAAGGUUUUCGACGAACUGCGAGGCAAAGUGACGAAGAUACCGAAGCUCUUUGUCUCAGCUUUCCACAGGGGUUUGAUAAAACAGAUUCUGAAUGACUGGAAGAGCACAAAACCUGCCAAUGAAGGACUCAUAUUUCACCAUCAACUGCAGCCCAACACGUCUCGGUACCGGGAGGGGGAGGAAUACUGCGUCCUCCGUCGCAUCCAGAACGGCUCAUACGGUGAUGUGUUCUGCGUUCGGGACAACAGCACUGGAUUCAGAUGUGCUGCCAAGAGGGUAAGCCAAGAAAGAGUGAGUCAGACGUAUCCGGACACGCUCCACCCAACGCUUUUGUAG